AUGUCAAAAUGCAUCGGAGUGUGGCCAUUAGAGCCUAAUUAUUAUCUCUUCAACAUAUGUUUUGUAUACUUUACCUAUAUCAUGAUUACCGAGUUGAUAAAUUUAUUCUACUGCCUCCCAAAUCUCAAGAGAGUUAUCAACAAUCUCACCGAAAGUUUAGCGUUUACGCACAUGUACGUACGGACUUUGAUGUUGAGAGUUCACAUUAAAAAGUUAGGUGAAAUUAUUUCUGAAUGUCUGAAGGAUUAUCACGUAAGUGCGUUUAGAAAUUCUGAAGAAGUACAAGAAUUUCUGAUGUACGUCAAAAAAGGUAAAUUUUUCGUGAAAGCUGCUGCUAUUUUUGUCAUUUCUACCGCAGCUUCAUGGUUCAUACGUCCCAUAACUUCUCCAUCGCCACCACCAAACAACGAAACGAGUUUUACAUACGUUUUACCUUACAAAUUCCAUGUUUUUUACAAAAUAAGUGACUAUCGUACCUACGUUCUGACAUAUGUCUCCCAUAGUCCAUUCGCGGUGAUCAGUGGUGUCGGUGCUGUUACUUCAGCAUGGCUAUUAAUCAUACUUUCAUUUCACGUUACCGGAAAACUCUCAGUUUUAGCGAACAGGAUUCAUGCUUUGAAGUAUAAAGGCGUGAGAUUCAGAAGUGAUCUCAAUGAAAUUAUUUCGGAACACUCUAGACUUUUGGCAAUGGGAGAAGGAAUAAAAAGUUCGUAUGCCAUAGCCCUGUUAAUUUACUUUAUCAACGGCACGAUACUACUGACAAUCAUUGGCUACCAAAUUCUUGUGACGCUUAUUUCGGGUGUGAGUCAUAAUUUGAUGCCGUACUUUGUUUUUAUAUUGACUGUCUAUCUGGUGAUAAGCAUCUUCUGCAUCCUCAGUGAACAUCUUUUAGCUCAGAGUAAUAAUGUUCGCGACGCAUUUUGGAUUUGCGGCUGGUAUGACCAUCCGGAUUGUAUGAAAGAUAUUGCAUUUUGCAUUAAUCGUAGCCAAAAACCUUUGGGAUUGACCGCCGGCAAUUUUUUGACGUUCAGUAACAGCACUUUAACCGAC